AUGUCUCGUGAUAUUCUGGAUUUAUUCUCGCUUGCAGAUUAUGAAGAUGUUUUCAACACAUCAUCGACUUCAUCCAUUCCACCCACACAGAUUGAUACAACCACAAUAACUCAAUUCACGACGGAGGAUCGGAACAGAACAAAAGACCGCAACAGUAAUUCAGAACCAAUAGUCUUGGAAAUACUGGC